AUGACUAGCACACAUGGUGGUGGCGGCAGCAACUUGUCAUAUGUUCAUGCAGGAGAAUAUUGCCUUUGGAAGACCAUCGGGAAAGGUAAUUUUGGAAAAGUGAAAUUGGCCCUGCACACACUGACUGGCAAAGAGUGUGCUGUCAAGAUCCUUGUUAAAAUUCCCUUAGGACUGAAGAAGCUGUAUCGGGAGAUACAUAUAUUACAGAAACUCAAUCACGCUAACAUAAUAAGGUUGUUUGAUUCUUUUGAAACAACAGACAACCUUUACCUGGUGAUUGAUACCUUCAUACCUGGUAUCAAGCUAACAACAUUCUGCGGAACACCUACCCAUAUGGCACCAGAGAUUCUCCAAAGCAAUUUAUACCACGGCUCAGAGGUUGAUGUUUGGAGUCUCAGUGUUACCCUGUAUAAAACGGUCUGUGGCACCCUGCCAUACAAUGGACAGGACAGCAAGGAGCAUUUAAAUAAAGUACUGAACAGUCAGUAUCCCAUCCCUUCAUAUCUGUCUCAUCAGUGUAAGGAUCUGCUAAGUAAACUCUUUGGGCGAGAUAACAUAUAUUGUAUUUCCUUGCCGAGUGUUAACAGAGAAACAGUUUAUACUUCACAUGUCAUGAGCUCAGCAUGUUGCUCCAGGGAGCAAACUCCAUAA